UGCAAUUGAGCAAUCCCAUCAGGUGCAAAGCUAUGUGUAGGCUGCAGGACAGUUGAUUGUCCCCGGUUAUUAACACAGUCCCUCCCUUCAGAAUACCUAUCCAAAACUCUAGCACUCAGUGGCCCCUCCUUUCUUCCUGCUUCAAAUACAAUGCAGUUUCUGUCAAGCCAGUUUCGCUACAUUUAAAGGGAACUUUACACUUCAUGCAGACACAUCACGGACGGAGAAAAGAAAACUUCAUUGACGUUCCUUGUGCAGUGUGCAUUAGAUGGGGCACCUUGCUCUUCAUCCAGCCUGCUGCAGGAGUUGAAUGCUAAACUGCUUUGUGCCUAGAUAGGAUACGCAGAUCACAGGGAAAGUGUGUAUCCUCUGUGAACAUUGCAGGUGAGGGCUGAAGAUUAUCUCUGUGCAUUCUCUGUACUUGGUGGAUUGUUGACCCAUAAGACUUGAUUUGGAACAAGAAGCUUGCACUAUGAGGACCCCCACUGUGAUGAUCAUUGGCAUGGUGCUGGCCCCCUGUGGACUGGUGCUGAACCUCACCUCUACUGUGGCACCUGCCUGGCGGACACUCAGUUCUUUACUUAACCGGCCCACAAAUGUAAUAAUGAAUCAGGGCCUUUGGGAUAUAUGCCAAGAAUCUACAACUUAUCAGGACAAGACUUGUGGAGUGGCAAACAGUGACUAUUUCAGCCAACAGGUGGUGCAGGUUGCCCGAGGAUUAAUGAUCGUCUCCUUGGUCGUCAAUGGACUGGGCAUUGCUUUGGCCUCCUGGGGUGUACGCUGCUGGGAGGAAGUACCAAACUUUCUUAUAUCAGCAUUUGGCGGUGUAGUGAUCUUCAUCUCAGGAAUUCUCAGCCUUAUACCCAUUGCUUGGUACAACAACCAAAUGUACACCAUGCCAGCUCCAGAUGGUCAACUGUACACUUACGUAGGAUAUGCUCUUGUCCUUGGCUACCUGGGGAGCUGCUUUGAAAUCAUAGGUGGUUUCUCACUUAUGCUCUGCUUUGUGCCGCCCUGUGAAAAAUACAUACAAAAUUGGAAAAAAACUUCAUCUUCUAUGUACUACAGCAAAAAGCAAACCCCCUACAAGGAAAAACCCAUCAGCCAUAUCUACAGCAUACAAAAUCCUGACUAUUCCUCCAACAAUAUUGGAUACAGUAUAGAGAAUGACAACUACAAACAUAGUAAUAAAGCCAGCUCUGUGGUUUCCAAUCCCAGAUCUUAUACCAACCCCAUGGAUGUGACAGCUGGAGAACAUCCCAGAAGUUAUGGUAGACCUGGAAGCCAAAUGAGUUCCUUACCCUGUGACUCUGAUCUACUAUAAAGCUUUGGUGUCCCUAGAGUUAUAUCAUUUCAGAUGAAGGAGCAUGUAAAUAAGCAUUGUGUACACAUUUUUUAUUUUUUUUUAUAAGUGAAUGUGACGGGCUGUUUUAUGUUGCCAUACCAAAUAUUCUAUACAAUACUGUACUGAACACACAAUAAGUAGCCCUAUUAUUGACUCUUGGUAACAACUUUGUAACACUAGGUCUAUGGAAAAUGAGCUCAAUUUAAAAUAAUUCUUCAUAAAACAUUAAUAACAGCAUUAAGAUAUCUUACUUUACACUUCAUGAAUCCAUCCCAAGAUUGUCUAGGUGUUGUCUAACUGCAAAAUAGAAAGUAUACUUCUUUGGAAAUUUAUUUUGUACUAACUUAUUCUUUUUAAUACUAUAAAGUGCAAAUAUCUUAUCAUAUUAUCUACUGCUAAUUUCCUUCUCAGGGAGCAAAAUAUACAUUAUUUUUGUUUGUAUUUUUUUUGUGCCACAUGUCUAUUAAAUGUAGUAUUUUUUUAACCAAAUUCCUAUUUUAAAAUGUUGUAUUCACACGCUGCGCAUUUGUUGCCUUUGUUCAAUGGGUUUUA